AUGGCAGCCCCUGCCAGCUGCUUCUCCCCGGUGCUUCUCCUCUGGAUCCUGGUCCUCACACAUUCAAGCUUCACAGGGGCUCUGGAGUCUGCUCCUAAGGAAAGCAACGUCCCAGAGAAUAACAUCAACCGGCGGAGCCCAGAGCUGUGGCAGCCCCGGCCCCGGCACACACGGAGACACGGACUAACCAAGAAGAGCAGGGACCACGUGCCAGAUCCAGCUGGCACCUCCCGGCUGCCCGGGAUGCUACCUGCUGGAGAUGAGAUGCUGGCAGGCCACAGCCCCGCUGGCCUGAUGCAGGAUAAGGAUGUGUUUCUGGGCUUUGAGUUCCCCUACCCUGAGAGGGACAAUCAGUUUGAAAGAGGGAGGAAACACGCCAGAGAACACAAGCGACGGAGGGACAGAGGGAAGCAACAUCGAGGUAGAAGUCUGGAUCCAAAGCCCAGCUCUUUGAUCAAGAAGGUGGAAUUCUCUGAGGACCUGGCCCCCAGUGGCCCAAUGGAAGAAUCAUCCACCAGCCUCGCCCCCACCAUCCUGUUCUUGACCACAUUUGAGACAGCCGCAUCCACUGAAGAAUCACCAGUCCUGCCUGUUACAUCCCCUCGGCCCCUGGCUCGGAUCAGGCCUGAUGGAGAUGUGAUGCCCACCCUGGACAUGGCUUUGUUUGACUGGACUGAUUAUGAAGACUUAAAACCUGACAUGUGGCCCUCUGCUAAGAAGAAAGAGAAACAUCAGAGUAAAAGCCCAGGCUACGGCAACGAAACCUCAGCAACUAGAGAGGAACCCUGUGACCAUCACCUUGACUGUCUCCCAGGGUCUUGCUGUGACUUACGGGAACAUCUCUGCAAACCUCAUAACCGGGGCCUUAAUAACAAAUGUUUUGAUGACUGCAUGUGCAUGGAAGGGCUCCGCUGCUAUGCCAAAUUUCACCGUAACCGAAGAGUCACUCGAAGGAAGGGACGAUGUGUGGAGCCAGAGUCCAUUAAUGGGGAGCAAGGAUCAUUCAUUAAUGUUUAGCAUACCUAGGUGAUGGCACAAUUUCCCCAUCUGCCUGUGGACCAUGCCCUGGAAGGUUGGGAAAAGGGGCAAAUUAUUUAAAACUGGCAAUGGGGAAAAAGACUGGGCCAGAUGGUUGUCGGAGGUUCUGAACCUGGAUGUCCCAACUAUGAAAAGAAAAUGACUGGAGAGUGGCAUUUGACACCCACUGGGCUUAAUGAAGCGUUGGACUGCUCAAUGGCACCAACAUGGCCAACCCACUACUCCACACACCCUACUUCCUUCAUCUUGUCACAGCCAUUUACAAUGGAUGGCAAUGCUAAGAGUGACCUCUUCUGUCACCAGGCGAUACUACGCCACCAUGAUAAAAGUAAACGAGCACUAUUGGCAAUAUCUACAGG